UAGUUGAUCAUCAAGAUUUGAAGAUGGAGAAGGUGACAAGGUUGGCAUCUGAGAAAGGGGUGGUGAUCUUCACAAAAAGCUCAUGCUGUUUGUGCUAUGCAGUGAACAUUCUGUUCCAAGAAAUAGGGGUGAGUCCAGUGGUUCAUGAGAUUGAUCAAGACCCUGAUGGAAGGGAAAUGGAGAAGGCUCUAAUGAGGCUAGGUUGCAAUGCACCUGUGCCUGCAGUGUUCAUUGGAGGGAAGCUAAUGGGGUCCACCAAUGAAAUCAUGUCCAUGCACCUAAGUGGUUCACUCACUCAACUCCUCAAGCCAUACCAAACUUCAUUAUCUUGAAACAAAUGGAAAAUUCAUGAAUGAAGUAGUCCUCAUCAGUCAUAAUAAACUGGCUUGAACUUACUUAAUUAGUAGCAGUAGUAGUAGUAGUAUUAAUUAGUCUCUCUCUCUCUCUCUAUGUAGUGUUUUUAAUGUAUGAAAGUUGUGCUCUCUAGCAUUUGAUUAUUAUAGCUAUCAUGUAUCAUGUAAUCUGAUAAAUAUUAUAAUUAUUCUUAAUGAAGUUUGAUUUAUCCAAAA